GGUGAGAACAUACUGUUUACAUGGAGAGAACAUGUGACCAUGGAGGAAGGAAGCAGCAGCAGAAGAAUUGUGUGUCCUCUUGACCCCAAACACACUGUGAGUGAAGACAAACUGAACAAACACCUGAAGAAGUGUAACUCCAGAGAAAAAGAAAAACCUGUUUAUUAUGUCGAGAACAUAAACGCUGGAUCAGCUGAUGGAGACGAGUGUCAGCAGCAGGUGAGUCUGAGUGAACGUAGCAGGACAGAGUUACACUCUCUGCUGGAGAAACUGAGGACUGCAGUCAAAGAUCUGCAGUGUGACGUGGAGGACAACGUUAUGUGUCAUCCUGUCCUCCAGGGGGAGCUUAAUAACCCAAAGAAUGGCGACUCUGCCCAUAAACACCUGAAACAGCAGUCUUCUAUUUUAGGUCACCUGGAGGAGCUGGGACUGCUGGGAGGGGGGCGCUGCUUUGUGGAGUUUGGGGCAGGUCGAGGGAAACUGUCGCACUGGAUCCACGAAGCCCUGAAGACCUGCGAAGACCUGCAGCUGCUGCUGGUGGAGCGCUGCAGCACCCGCUUCAAGGUGGAUGGGAAACAUCAGGAUGUUGGAGUUCAGUUUGAGAGACUGCAGGUUGACAUUCAACAUCUGGAUUUAAGUAAAGUUCCUCUGCUCAGGAAGAAAAAUCUCCCAUUAGUCGGAGUCGGCAAACACCUGUGUGGUGCAGCAACAGAUCUGGCUCUGCGCUGUUUGUUGGACACACCAGGACUCAGAGAGGAGACUGAACCGCCACCAAAACGCCUCAAAACCUCAGAACCAGCAGCUGAUCAUGGUCCAGACACAGGUUCAGUCUCUAAUGAUCCAGGACCAGAAACUGGUCCUGUCUCUGGUGCUGUCCUUGGCCUGGCAGUGGCACUGUGCUGUCACCAUCGCUGUGAGUGGCGUCACUACGUGGGUCAGCAGUUCUUCUUGCAACGAGGACUCGGAGCUUCAGAGUUCUCUGCUUUCUGUCGAAUUUCCAGCUGGGCCACAUGUGGACUCAGAUCGACCAAUCAGGAAGCAACCAAACUGGGAGGAGACGAAGAGGAGCACGAAGCAGCAGAGGAGACAGAUGCUGUGAACGGGUAAAUAUUCUAUAAACUCGGACUCCGUCA